AUGUCACUUGAACCUCCCACUACGGCCAAAGUCACAUUAACAACGACAAAGGGCCCAAUCACAAUCGACGUCUUUGCCAAAGAACUACCAUCAACAUCAACGGCAUUCUUAAAACUAUGUCACCUCAACAAAUUCCAAAACGCACACAUACAAGUAUUCCCAACCUACAUCUCAUUCACACCUCAGCCUAACACGCAAGUGGGCAACAUUACCACAUCCAUCCCUUACGAGUCCCAUUCACGUAUAAAAUGCAAACAUCGUGGCUACGUAGCUUACUCAAACGGACUGUGGAUAAUCAGUCGGACUGAACUACAACCUUCCAAUAUUGUUCAAGUGUUUGGUAAAAUCGACCAGGAAUCAUCGUGGUAUAUCGUGAAUGAAAUAGCUAGUGGUGAAGUGCAUAAGGGGUCCAAUGAGUUGGUGUUUCCAGUACUUAUUGUGGAGUCAGUUGUGGCUGUGCCAUACUUUGAAUUGGAGUUGGAAGAAGAAGAGAAUGGAUUGGAAACACGGGGAAAGGAAGGAGAUGUCGAGCCGAGGGUGAAGAAGCCAAGGAUUGAAAUUGCUUAUGAUGAUGUUGAUGAGGAUGAAGAGGGUGGUGCAAUAAGGAUCAAAAGUGCGUAUGAUACAGAACAGAGGAACAAGAAGAAGGAGAAGAAGCAGGAUAAACAUGUAACAGACUUGAAAAUUGAUGGCGCAUCAAAGUCUAACCUCAAUUCUGAUUCCAAAGAGGAGGUGGAUGGUGUAAAUGUCGUCAAAGAAUCCACCGAGGAAGGGGAACAAGAUGAGCAAGAGAACAGCACACUGGACUCAGGUUCUGGCUCAGGUUCUGACCCAGACUCCGACUCUGACCCAGACUCCGACUCCGAUUUCAACCACGACUACAAUACUACUACCGCCCCAGAUAAACGAGAUCCAACAAUCGAUCCUCCAUUCGAUGCUAAACUCGACUUGUCAAAAGCAGAAUCAAUAUCAUAUUCUGAACUAAAAUCUCAUAAAUUUAUCGUAAAUACAUAA